AUGCAAAUCACAAUCCAAAUGCUCGAUGGGUCCAUCACACCCUUCAAAGCCAGAUCAUCCAUCACCAUCGCCAGCCUCAAAGCCAAAUUCGAGCCGUGGCAGCCCAUGAAAGGAAGGGCCUUACUGCAUCAUGAUGUGCAGCUAGACGACCGUGCUAUUCUCGGUUCUGUUCCUGGCGUAAAGGAUGGCACUAUCCUCAGAGUUGAUGAGCAGGUGUCACAGGUGAAAGACAAAGCUACUGGCAAGAAGAGACUAAUGAGCGGUCCUGUGAGGUCGGCAGUAGAUGAAGAUGUGGUGGAAUCGAUUGAGCAAUCUGGUGGUGAUGAUGAGGAGACACCGAGUGAGGACGGAAGGCGAAUAUCUAGCAGCAAACGAAGACGACCGUUGCGGACCCCGGCGGGAACAGUGGAGGAUUUCAUCGAUGAUGGUAACAUUGCGAACUCUCCACCGGGAAAGGCACUAGUACUAGACGAUAUGAGUGACGACACUGUACACACGGCAGACACAAACCUGAGUGACCGUGCAAAGGCGCUACAUAUCGCCAAGAAGGAGAAAAGAAAAAACACAGCCCGCGAACCAACUGAUAUGUUGGCUUCCAAAGCUCAAAAUAUAGGCCAUCGGCUGCACGCCUUGAACACCUUUGCCCCGCCCCCAGAGAACCCUGUCCAGAAUCAUACCGCCAGCGCUCAUGUGCCUAAGACGACAGAGGCCAUCUCAUCUCGUCAGGAUGUCAUGGAAGACGACGAUGCGACUUUCCUAGCUGGCAUCAACGCCGCUGCUGCCGCGACGCAGAGACUGCCACUACACUCCGAUGCGGGACGUGAGGAAGAUGUCUCGGUUCAUCGAUGUGACGCUUGUGGACGCGCGUGUCGUUGUGGUGGGGAUCGAUCGGCUACAUCGAACAGCGUGGUGCCGGUGGAGGAAACAGACCGAGGACGAGAAGCUGCUUCCACGAAUAGCAACCUUCACGGCCAUCUGAUAGCAAGAAGAAACCCCGCGAGCCAGCACGCCGAGUCGAGCUGGACCGGAAUGUGA